UCGGGGCAGAGAAGAGCAGCAGGUGAGCUUGGCCUGUGCCAGAGUCCCUGGUGAAGGUCCAGAUGGAAGGGCUUCUGCUUACAGGGGUGCAGUGCAAAUGGCCACUUGUGGUGUGGUGGGGCUUUCUGGGCAUCUCCCUUGGGGUGCAUCUCUGGAGAACAUCAGGGUAUCCCUGAUCUUUCAGGGGUUCUUUAUUCCUAGUGUCAUCCAGGAUCUGGUGACCUGAGUCAGCUGGGAGAAGGGUAACAAGGACCGAGUCUGAGGAAGGAUCUAGGUGUGAGAUGGGUGCAGGGUGUCUUAGACUUUAGAAAAGCACCAACAACAAGGACUCUGGUGAAGCAGCUGGGAGGGUGAAGGGGUGCUGAAUAUCUCUGGCUCUCCAGGGGGGCAAACUGGGUCUUGCCGCAUUACAGGGCAGGUGGUUUCAUUGGAUGAGGUCAUACAAGACAACUUCUGGAGCUACUUGUGCCACAAGCUGAGUUGCUUCACCUGAAUUCAUCCAUCUUACAAGAUGGGGUUCACCAUGUGCCAGCACCAUUCUAGGCACUGGGGAUCUGGGUCCAAGUAUGACAAACAAAAAACCCCUCUCUUUCUUGGAGUUGAAAUUUUAAUUGAAAAAGAUACAAGAUAAAGAAAAUGCAUGACUUACCAGCUACACUAAGUGCCGUAGAUAAAAAUAAAACUUAAGAAGGGAUUGAAAGCAUUGCAGAAUGGGUGUGAAAAUUCUAGGCUGGCAUGGGUGGAAGGGAGAGCAGAGUUAGGAGAGCGCUUCUCAGCAGAGCCCCAAGAAAGAGGAAGUGCAAAGGUCCUGUGGCAGGAGAAUGCUGUGGGCCUAGUAGACCAUCCAGGAGACCAUCAGAUCCAGCCAAGACAAAGGAACAAGGAAGGUGGAGACAAGGCAGCAGCUCCAAGACAGAUGUGGACCCAUUCCAUUAUGACUACGAGACUGUCAGAAAAGGGGGUCUCAUUUUUGCCGGCCUGGCCUUCAUCGUGGGUCUUCUCAUCAUCCUCAGUAAAAGUCUCCGCUGUGGGGGCAAGAAGCACCGGCCAGUGGACGAGGAUGAGCUGUGAUGAUGGGUACAGUUGGCUGUGCCUCACACUGUACCCAGGCCAGCUGAGAAGCCUUCCCUGGGCAGUAGAUCUUGGUCCCUGGCACUGCUAGGCCCUCAGGCUGAAGAAAGUGCUGGCACAAUGUGACCCCAGGUGGGUGUGGCCUCUCCACCCCCUGCCACCACCUCCACUAAUAAAGUCUCCUCAGAGAUGUUGUC